GAGAAGGCACGUGCCCUGGGCCGUCAGACACCCUUAACCUGGUGGUCAAGAUGAGGCUGGCACCGCGAGGCCUGCAGCCUGAGCAGUAGCAGGGCCUGCCAAUGAGGUGAACACCAUGGCUGCAGGGGGUGGCCGGGCCUUUGCCUGGCAGGUGUUCCCACCCAUGCCCACCUGCCGGGUGUAUGGCACGGUCGCACACCAGGAUGGGCACCUGCUAGUGCUGGGGGGCUGUGGCCGGGCUGGGCUGCCCCUGGACACUGCCGAGACCCUGGACAUGGCCUCACACACAUGGCUGGCACUAGCACCCCUGCCCACUGCUCGGGCUGGCGCGGCCGCGGUGGUGCUGGGCAAGCAGGUGCUGGUGGUGGGAGGUGUGGACGAGGGCCAGAGCCCAGUAGCUGCCGUGGAGGCCUUCCUGGCCGACGAGGGCCGCUGGGAGCAUCGGGCCACCCUCCCGCAGGCCGCCAUGGGCAUCGCCACUGUGGAGAGAGAUGGCCUGGUGUAUGCUCUGGGCGGAAUGGGCUCUGACACAGCCCCCCAAGCCCAGGUCCGGGUGUACGAGCCCCGCCAGGACUGCUGGCUCUCGCUGCCUUCUAUGCCCACACCCUGCUACGGAGCGUCCACCUUCCUGCACGGGAACAAGAUCUAUGUCCUGGGGGGCCGCCAGGGCAAGCUCCCCGUGACCGCUUUUGAGGCCUUUGACCUGGAGGCCCGGACCUGGACCCGGCACCCAAGCCUGCCCAGCCGCCGAGCCUUUGCUGGCUGCGCCAUGGCCGAAGGCAGCGUCUUCAGCCUGGGGGGCCUGCAGCAGCCUGGGCCCCACAACUUCUACUCGCGCCCGCACUUCGUCAACACUGUGGAGACGUUCGACCUGGAGCGCGGCUCCUGGACCAAGCUGCCCCGCGGCCUGCGUAUGAGGGACAAGAGGGCUGACUUUGUGGUCGGCGCCCUUGGGGGCCACAUUGUGGCUGUCGGGGGCCUUGGGAACCAGCCGUGCCCGCUGGGCUCCGCGGAGGGCUUCAGCCUUGCCAUGGCCCGCUGCUCCUGUUCCAGCCUGCAGGCGGGGCCCCGGCUGUUUGUCAUCGGGGGCGUGGCGCAGGGUCCCAGCCAGGCCGUGGAGGCUCUGUGUCUGCGUGAUGGGGUCUGAAUCCUGCAGGGACCUUGUCCCCUGGAGCAGCUCAGGGCCAGGCAGCUGCUCUGUGGGAUGGAGGCGCAGGCGCUGUGACACAGCCGCGGGGACCCCGGCGGGAGGCGCCAUCCAUAGCGUAGGGUACCCAUACGCUUCCACCACCUCACCCCCCUUCACUCAUGGGCCAGGCCUCCCCCACCCUUGCUCUGUCCGAUUGGGAAGUGGGGAAGGGGAGACAGGCCCAGUGCCUGCCUGGAGUCGACCAGGCCUCCCGUGACUAUUCCUGAGAAGUCCUGGCUGCCAGCCUGCCUUGGAGGCCCCUGGGGACCCAGGAGUGUUGGGGAGGGUGGGGGACACAGAGGGAAUGGAAGAGUAACUGCAGGAACCUCCGAAGGGUCAAAAACGUUAGCUUUGGGCCCUUCACACUGUUGGCUGUGUGGCCUCGGGCCGGUCAUUUCACCUCUCUGUGCCUCAGCAUCCUCACCUAAACGGGGAUCUCCGAAACCUUCCUGCCCUACCUACCUCACAGGGCUGUUGUGAGGACCCAGGGAGUUCAGAUACGGAAGUAAAGAUGCUGCUAAAAGCUGG